AUGGGUGGGGAUGAGGCACCCUGCGAUAGGGACGACAUGGCUUUAUUCAUGGCAGCAACAACGGUGAUGACCGGCAACGGGGCAACGACAUCAUUCUGGUACUCCUCCUGGUUGGGUUCAGGAACGCUUGCCCAAAGCUUCCCCACGUUGUUCAAGCGCUCAAGACGGAAGAACAUGAUGGUCAUGGAGGCGCUGAUUGAUGGCAGUUGGAUCAAGGACCUUGCCCAUGGGCGCAUGCAAGACCUGCUUAUCGGGUUCCCAGCCAUGCAUACGAGAAUUACUGUUGCAAACACUGUCACAACAACUGAAGGCGUCCAGGACACAAUCCACUGGGAUACAGAGGAAUCAGGCUUGUAUUCAGCGAAAUCAGCGUACAACAUGCAGUUUCAGGGAGGGAGGGGGGCGCUCAAACUUUGA